AUGGCGACGCUAGCGAGAGGCGCUGCUCCGCGCGGGGACAGCAGCCUCGCUGUCAUUUGCACGCUCAUCGAACGCAGCACCUUGGACCGCAAGUCCAAGCUCGACAGCACCGGUCGCGUCUGCUACGAGCUCAAGAACGACCCGCUGCUGCUCGACAGCUUCCCCAUGGAGCGGCUCAUGAAGGCCAUGCGUCGACUCGUGUGCGACUCGGACACUUCUACGCGCGCAGGAGCCCUACGAGCCCUACGCUACGCCAUCAGCAGCAGCAAGAGCAUCAAGCACUUUGUGGACCUCAACUUGCCAGUGUUUGUCGUGCGCUCGCUCGAGCGCGAGCAGAAGCACUUGGCUGAGCGCGUGCAGGCUCUCAAGGUCAUGCGACGCGUGAUGGAGAUCGACGCGGCGCAGAUGCCGACGGGUCUCGUAGCUUCGCUGACGGCCAUUGCAGGACACAAGGACGACAACAUGCGACGCGUGUGUCUAGAGACGCUGCGACAGCUGGCGCUGCUGAACGUUGAGGUCGUAGCUGAAGCUAAUGGCACCAAGAUCCUGGUUGAUGCGAUCCUCGAGCCGUCGUUCCAAGACCUGGCCGACUCGCUGCUCAUGACACUGCUGCUGAUACUGAAUGAACCGUCGACACGCAAGUUUAUUGAGCCUUUCGUGGACUCCCAGGUCCUGCUGGCACCGUUCACAGACACUGACUUGCCAGCAGGAAACGAGCGGAGACAGCGGUGGAUGGCAAGUCGGAAUGCUAUUGUCACGAUGAUGCGGUCGUGGACCGGUAUGGUCGUGCUCACAAGCAAUCCACAAGGUCUGCAGUCGUUGAUUCAGCUACUGGUCCGACCGGUAGGUGAAGACGUACAGAAAGCAGUGCUAUCCACCGUUUGCGAGAUUUUCUACAAGAAGACGAGUUUCGACAAGUCGGCAGCUGACGCUGGAGCAGACACACCGUCCCUCCCUAUCACUAUGCCAAGCGCUGAACAGAUGCCGCUUGCGGUCAACCACAAUCUGCUCGACAACUACACAGUCAUCAUUCUACUAGCGAUGAUUCACUGCGGCAUCCUGGAGGCAUUGGUGACGUUAGGGACAGGUCCGUCCCGAGCACUGGCCGAGCCGGCAAUGGACCUGUUAGCGGACAUUUUGCGUAUGGCCUCGCGUUUGCUUCCAGACCAGCAUUGUGCGACUUUGCUUGCGCUUCCGCGGCUAGUAUCGUCGACUUCGCUUACGAGUACGACGACGAUGUCGCUCGGAGAUCAUGCGAGGAGUCUUGUGGAGCGUUUGCAGCGCGAAAAGUCAAUUCGAGCGAGCGAAAUGCUGAGUGAGCUGGCCAACGCUGUCGGUGCAAACUCAGGCAGCAUUGCCACGCGUGGGGUGUCGUUGGUCUCAUACGGUGGUAGCGGUGUGAAUGGCGUCCAACUGGCAUCUGAGCUCCUGCGCGACACGAAUCGACCGUCAAACCUACUGGCUCUGCAACAAAUUGCAGGUGUAGUGCGUAUCCCAUCAUCUGGCGGUGGUGGCGGUAUUGGAGGCACGAGCAGUGGCUCUGCCAACUACGCUGUAGCCACUCCUUCGACACAGCGUGGCACGAAGAGCGCGAUGGCGCAACUGAAGGAUAGCUUGACGUCACGGGAACUGAUGGUUCUCGAGCUAAAGCAAUCACUGGAUGCACAGAUGGACGACAGUACCUUCAAAGACAUGCUGCACAAUCGUUCACGCGUGCUAACGGACAAGAAUUACAAGAACUGGAACUGGGAUAUUAUCUCUGAGAUGCUCGAGGGUCCACUUACGAACCCACAGCGGCUGUCAGAAGCAAUGAAGACGAAGUUUUUCAAGCGUCUGUCAGGUUUUUUCCGCUGCGACCAAGGUAACAAGGGCUAUUUCUCCAACUUGUACUGGAUACCGGACCAUGUGCCUUAUCUGCGCCCGGCCUGUCAAAUGUACACACUUCUACUGAACCAUCCUGAAGGCUUGCUCUUCUUGAAGACAGACCGUCGCGGUCAAUUGCUGACAGAAAUCUCGUCAGCACUAGAGCUAGAAGCACGCCCGGAAGCUGCGAUCGUGGAGUCGCACAUUGGCGUUCUCAAAGCGCGCAUGUUCUCACCCGACUAUGUGUCGCGGCGAAUGUUGCGUGAGUACUUCACUCUUCUCGGACUGAUGAGCUCGAGCAAAGAAGGUCUCAAGAUGAUGGAGCAAUCGAACCUGUUUCAGCGUCUGUAUGUCAUGGGAACGACCAAGGGUCAUGACUUUCUCUGUCGGCUCAUUCUAGCCAAUCUGGACUACUCAGUUGACGGCAGCUCCCGAAAGCUGCUUCAGUCUUGGAUGAUGGAGGGCUCGAAGGCCUUGCGUCUGUAUGCGACCUGCUUGUUGCGUGCAUUGCUGCGCUCUGAAGUAGCAGAUUUCGAAAAGUGGGGCAUCGAUGCGCUGGUGACACAGCUCACACAGGAAGAGGAGGUUGCCAAGGCGGCAUUGAGUGUACUGGAAGAGGCUGCCGAGACGCCUGCAUGUCUUUUAGCGAUGAUUCUAAAGCGACCGAUGCGGCUUAUCCAACUGAAGGACAAGCGAGCCGAGUCUUUGCUUCUCAAGUCGCUCUCGCUUGUGGAGGGUCUGAACUUUCUUCGCGACACAGGCGAGUGGAUCCCGCGCACUCUAGCCGCUUGGCGCCGUGAGAAGCAUAUUCUGUACGUGCAUGCCGUAGAGCACGCGCUUUUCCGCGGUCUGCAUCGUGAUGCCAGCGGACGCGAGCGUGGAUCGAGUAGUAGCUCGACGAACACUCGUCAGACGUGUUCUCCCACGCCCAUUCCAGUAAACGUGCCCAUGAAGCGAGGUGGGCAUAAACCACCUAAUGGCGGAAGCAGUCAGCGGUCUCUCUGGGGGCUAGAUUGGUUGUACCGCAUGCCGUGGAACAUGGAGGUCAAGAUCGUGGGGCCACCAGGAAGCGGUCCUCCAUCGAACCUCAUCCUGGAAACGUACAUUGAUGCUGCAAUGCGCGACGAGGAUGAUGCUACGGGCGUUGACGACGAACUCCGCAUGAACUCGAUUCGUGUCAAAGGAAUUGUUGUGGACGCGCGCAAUAUGCCACAGCCAGUCGUGGUAAACUCACAGCAAACGUUGCAGGCCAGCCUGUUCUUAGGCACGCAACCAGUUGAUCGGCGCGGAUUCACAAAGCCUCCGCCCCAGAGCAAUGGAGGGUUUGUGUCGACGAGCGGAUCGGCCAGUAGCAGCGGAGCUGGUCUAUCAAGCGAUGCGCAGCAGAAAAUGCUGCGUGCGCGAUCGGCAUCGAACCCGAGUACGGAACGCACGUCGGAAACGACAUCGUCGUCGCUGGACUUCGCCGAUAAUGGAUCGUCUUCUGCUGACACGGCAAAGGAGGAGAACAAGGAUUGGAGCUCGUGCCAACCUGAACAGCGCUCGCCCCAAUACUUGUCAGCACCUGAGUGCUCAUUGUGCGCCCCGGGCGAACGUGCUGUGUGGAACUUUCGUGUCGAGAUGGACUCAGCUGCAGGUACCAACACUACAAAUGGGAGCGUCAAGCGCAUUUUGCUCAAGUCUGUCGAGUUCACGCUGCAGUUGCUACCUCUUCGUCCGCGUACGGUGCCGCUGCCAGUACACUUGUAUGGUGAGUUGGCAAAAACCAGUGCCGGCUGCCAGAUCCUGCACGCGUCCGGGCAUUUGCCCGAGUUUCUUGCAUGCCUGCGGGAUGCUGCGAGCGUCCCGCUUGAGAAGCGUGCUGCGCUGUGGGCACUGGGUCACGUGGCUGCUACAUCGCGCGGUUAUGACCUGCUGAGCCUCUACGCACAAGACUUUGUGGAGAUGAUCGUGAAGCUGGCUACGGACUCACCGCUCGUGUCCAUUCGCGGCACAUGCUUUUUCGUCCUGGGCUUACUUGCGCGAUCUACUGCCGGCCGGCGGCACUUGGCGCGUCUGGGAUGGGACGCCCCGCGCGAUGCGUCUCGCACGUCCAUUGCUGUCCCGCAAAACUGCACGUCUCUCUUUUUGUGGCCGCCGUCCGGAUCAUCAACUUGCUGCCCGUUGACGCAGACACCUUCCUCUUCGCCUUUGCAGCGACUGCUCGCACGCCGGCGCGACAAGAUGCCCAAGGAGUGGCAUGAAGUGCUGCGCUUCGUUGCAGACUUGAGCAAUCACAUUACCCAGAAAGAGGCGCAUGCUUCGCUCAACAAGCUGCGUUCGUCGAAGUCAGAACUAUUUGAAGAGCCGGUGCUGCUGAUGUACGUGCACGCGCUGCUGGAGAAGUACAGCUAUCGGUUGGCACUGCGCCAGUUUCUGCUCAACGCGUUCGACCGCGCGACGCUGACUGACGAAGUGCUCGAUACCCUUCGACAAGAGGAUGAGGAAGAACUGGGCCAUCAAACCCACCAACGUGUGCCAACUGGACAAGGGCUGCGGCGGCGUCGGUCUUCGCUUUCGAUCCCAUCAUUUACGGCCUCGGUGCAGUCGCUGAGCUCAGCCAUGCAGGCCACUUCUGGUGUGUCGCGCAUGUCAGCCAUGCAGAGCGCUCAGAGCUCUAGCGGAGACCAGCAGCGCUCGACCAUGCGGCUGAAUGCACACAACGACCCGAUUGAUCGCACUGUGCUGCUCAAGCGCAACCGCAAGCGCUCAGCUUUUUCCGAGAAGACCAUUGUCGUUGGUGCUCCUGAAGCUGCUGUGUAG